CCACACAAACACUGAAGAGCUGCUGCAGCAGGACAUGAUGGUGCUUUGAGGACUACUCUACCAUGCAGUCCACCAUGAAUUUCAAUGGACUUCCACGCCAGGGCAGUCAAGAGAGUUACAUUCUGGAUAAUACUCUGAGGAAGAAGUGUUCCCUGUGGUACCGACGCUCACUGAGGGGAAACAAUGAUCGACACCGCCACAACACAGGCUCUCUGCCUAGAUUAUGCAAGCCCAAACAAACCCGCACCAACUCACUGGUUGAUUACGCUGACCCACAGAGGACCACAAUUGUACUGGAAAAACAAGACAAUGAAACAUUUGGUUUUGAAAUUCAGACCUAUGGCCUGCAGCUGAAAGACAGCUCUGCGGUGGAGAUGUGCACGUUUGUGUGCAAAGUGCAGGAGGAAAGUGCUGCUGAGAGUGCUGGUCUGACCGCAGGGGAUGUUAUCGUCACUAUAAACGGGGUCAGCAUUGAAGGAUCAUCUCAUCAGCGCAUACUGGAUCUGAUUAGAGAAUCAACCAACAGUCUGAGGAUGGAGACUGUAUGUGGAAAUAUAGUGAAGCAGAUCGAGCUGGAGAAGAGGAUGAACCUGCUCAAGCAAUCGCUAGGUGAGAAAUUGGUGGAGCUGCAAGCCCUUACAUUACAGGAAAAGCGUCUCAUGCGAGGUAAUUUGAACAACAGCAGCCUCCACCUCUCAAUGGACUCUUCAACAAGUGUGAGCACCUCCACAGGCCGCUGUGGCCGGCGUUUUUCUAGUGACAGCAGUUACAGGAGCGGGAUGACAGAUGACAGUGACCAGGCCAGUGUGUUUGGCGAUCUGUGCUCUCCCAGUCCAUGCAGUGCAGCCAGCACCUCAGAUGAUAGCUGCUUCUUCUCCAGAGAUUUCCCAUCGCAGGACGGCUCCCGCAGGUUCUCCUACAGCUCCAAUAGUCAUCACCAAUCCCUCUGCCGCUCCAGCAGCUCCAGUUUGGCCAGCAGCAGCAGCUCCCUCUCUCCUUCCUGGGAGGAAACAAAGUUCUCCUCCUUGUUCGGUACCCUACCCCGUAAAAGCAGGAGAGGCAGUGUUCGCAAACACAUCCUGAAGUUACUUCCUGGACUACAACGAUCAGUUGAAGAGGAGGAGACGGGGACAAACACACAGUGACUUGUUGUUCACAUGCUCCUUGUGUCUACUGGAAGGGUUAACCAGGCUUCUCAUGCUCUUGUUGCAGAGAGAAAUAGAUUCUGUAAUGAAAUGUUUACCCACACCGAAGGUUGGGUUAACUCUUUUUGGCCCUCAAAGGAACACAGACACGACAGACAUUUGGGUUCUUGGCUUUUGUCAAGGUCAAAGUUUACCCAAACAGGUCCUGAGCCUUAUGGGUCCACCUGGAUCACUGCUUGUGCUGGCACAAAAGCAUUAUGAAAAUCUGUACAUAGAUGAGAUCCUGCUAUCUUGAAUGAAAGACUGACAUUUUUUUUCCAUGCCAUAAUCACAGCGUGAUCAGCAUUAAUCAGAACAGUCUGAAAUACAGUAGCUGUAUUCGAGUAGCACCUUGAAUUUUUAAAAUGAGACAGUGACCUAAAACGCAUUCAUUUUAUAGACAUUGAAACAAUACUUCUGUCACAUUCAGGUGCUGAAAACCAAACCCAAAGCUCUACUUAGUAUAGAUGUCUGCUCAGCUCAAAACAGGAUGUGGGUACAAGAGGUGCUACUUAACUGUUUUCAUUUUAAGCGUUAUAUUCAGGCUGAAUACAACUUUCGGUGUUGGUUGAGAAACACUGAUGAGGUUUCUUGUAAAUUCUGAAUGUGCUUAAGUGUGUCUCACUUUCAGUUGGUAGAAAAUGCAACUUUCUGGAGAGUGUCAUGAUUUAUUUUUUGAUAUUAAAUCAAGAAAAUCUGAAUGCAAAGGACUUUUAAUAAAAUAAUAAACUUUGAAGUCUUGGAAAGCCA